AAUCCGGUCUAUGGAUGACGUCAUCCCUAGGUGUCAGGUGACAAAACAGUAAGAGCGAAACAGACUUCCCGGACCUCUCGGGACCCACAGCGGAUUAAAAACGAGUUACAGCAGAGUUUUAAUUUGAAAGAAUCAGCGCGAAGGAAGAGAGCAAGAUGGAGGUCGGCAAGAAACAUCAAAGUGUCCGACAUUCAUCUGGCUGAGAAUUAAACUGGCUGAAAAAUGAAUGGAGUCUGGCACAGAGAGUCUAUUGAACUCAGCUACAGUGAACCGAGUAUGGAGGAUGAUGAACUUCCGACAGCGGAUGGGAUGGGUGGGCGUGGCUCUCUACCUGCUGCUCAGCAUGAUGGCUGUGUAUUACGUCUUUGAGGUUCACAGCUUCAGUUUGGAGCACGUGCAGAAAGGCAGGGCCGGCCCGUCGGCUCCGCCCCGAGCCAUCAGCUGGUCUCAGAGCCUUAGCGCUCACCUGCCGCCACUUCCUGUCUGGAUGUGGGCGUCGGUCUUCCUGCUGCCGUACCUGCAGCUCUUCCUCUUCCUGUUCUCCUGUACAAGAGCCGACCCUCGAGCUGUCGGUUACUGCGUACUUCCUGUUUGCCUGGCCCUGCUGUGCAGCCGCCGCCACGCUGCCCGCAAACCGGCCAAUCAGAGAGGCCCGCCGCUCAUUGACACGUAGAGGGGCGGGGCCAUGGCGGGAGGACGAACUGAACUGUUUGUGUUGAUGUUUGUGAUGUCACUUCCUGUGUGCCUUCAAACAGUUCAACAAACGCUGCUGUCCGAUUUAAACCCUGAGUCUAGUCUGCCCUGAACAGAGACUGACAGGAUGUAUACAUCUGCAACAGCUCUGCCCUGAGUGUCGACUGUCAGGAUCAAAAGUUCCUGUCUGUUCCCUGUCACAAACAUUUCAGUCUGCAGCUGUCAAUCAUUCUCAGUUAUUUUAUUAACAGCACAGCCCCUCCUGCUGUGUCUACGGUCAGUUAACCCAUCGUUAGGUUAGUUUAACCUGUUUACUGACGCAUCACUACUGUUGCUAUGGUUACCUGCAGCUUAGUAUUUAGGACGGAAGUUAAACUACUGACCUGACAGCUGUCGGCCAAGCGGCCAAUCAAAACACUUGGCUGUAUUUAAUACGAUGAGUCAUAUGACACAUGCUGGUUACCAUGACAACUUUAUUACAUCAAUAAAGUGAAAGAAACAUUAAUUUAA